GAAAGAUAGGGAUCUCCCUUCCUCAGCCUCGUAAUCGAGUCGGAGGGAGAACUUCUGGGCUGCGGGUUCCAAUUUGUCGUAUCCGCCUUAGGCCGCAAGUAAGGGUACCGGAUUUCGUGAUGCGCCGCAAUCUCUCUCGUACCACAUCUGCGGCAUUAUGCAGCCUGAUUAGACGUUCUCUCCAUGUGGCACAAGCGGCGCUGCCUCAGAACUGGGUCUUCAGAUACUAUAGGUUUCCAUGGUGGGUGAACUCGACCCACGAUUCGCUUGUAGAGAGUUUGCGGGAAGGAAUCAAUAGGCGCCCCUCUCUCGACCACACACUCGGAACGCCUAUCUCUCCUUCCCUCUGCGACCACCGGAGAUACCGAGCUGGACUAGAUUGCGACAUUCAGUACAGCGCAAGCCUGUACCACUGGAACAAAGAGAGUAGCCACCCUGAGGCUGUGUGCGGUGCCUCCACCUAUCCUCUUACCGUGGCUACCUUCCAUGCCACCGCAAGACUGGCAAGCACUCGUAAAUUCUGGUGUGUAUCAAUGUUUGAAUUCCCUCCCGAUAACGUAACAAUGGGGUCUCUGACUCUGGGAGCUCCGGUAAUACCCAUAGUGCAUGCCUUGGGCUCCGUAAACUGGGUCCCAGUUUGAUGAGAUUGAAACUCUGCUCUCACCGGACUAAUCAGCUCCCAGGUA